AUGAAAAACCUCGAAAUCGACUUGUUGCCCCCACCAAAGGGGUGUAGUAGUGAGUAUGGCAACAAUUCAACCCCUUUAAAAAAAAAAAACAGAAAAAUUAUUUCGUAUUUAAAAAAUGAAUCCCGAAUUAAUACAUUCUUAUUAAGAAUUAAAGAAACGAAAGGAAUAAACAUUUUAAAUAAUUAUAAAUGUGGGAAUUUCCCUCUUAAUCUAGAUAAAAAACAAGGGGGUAAUCUUUACAACAGUGAGUCUAAUUUGACUUAUCCCCACACAAGUGAAAAAGGGAUAAAAGAGAAAAGAGAUGUUCCAAAUAUGCAUAGAGAACACACAAAUGAAUGUGACAGUACACCUAUGCUAUCACCACCGGGGAAAAAAAAAAGAACAGAAAAAUCUACUAUCUUGAACAAAAUAAUAACACGUAGUCAUAAAAAAGUAAAAGAAAUAGAUGUUACACAUACUUACACUCAUUCAACAGAAAAAAAAAAUAAUAUAGGGCUUUCAGUGAGGAAAAAAAUAAUUCCAGAUUCAUAUAACAUUUGUAAAAUAAGGGAAAAAAUAGAUUCCAACAUGAAAUAUAACAUAUUUGUUAAAGGACUCAAAAAUGUAGACAACUCAACAGAGAGAAUAAAACAUUUCUUUCAAAAAGAGGAGCAAAAUAUGUAUAGUAAUAAUGAAAAUCAUAAAAAAAUCUAUUAUGAAGAAAAUAGUGCAAAAAUUAACUGUGAUGAUUUAUUGCAAAUAUAUGAACAUAGAUAUCUUCGCACUAUUUUUAAAAAUAGUAAAGAAAUACAAUCAGUCAAAGUAUUAAAGAUGAUAAACAAUGCAGCAUAUAUACAAGGUCAAAUUCCAUGUGACUCAAAUGGGGAAGAAUAUCACAACAAGGAAAAGACCAAUAAUACAAGCAGGUCAGAAAGUGGAAAUAACAACUAUACUAGUAGGAAGGAUAUACAAAAGAGACAUGACAAACAAAAUGCAAGAAGUACUGUUCAAAGAAGGAAUUUAACAGAAGAAAUCACAUCCUCAGGGGAUGUUAUCCAUUUUUGCGAUACUUCCUAUGGUACAAAGGGGGUUAAUAAUUCUAAUAUAAAAGUAAACAUAUCUGAUGAUAACAUGUGUCAACUUGAGAAUGCUUACGUCAAAAGGGAGAAUACAUCUAUGUCUGCAGGAAAAAGCAUGAAUUCAUCUUCAACAAACACAAACGAAAAUUGCUGGAGCAACAAAUCUGAGGAUGAAAAUAUGCCAAAUGAUAAUCAACCAGGUUCUAUAGAGACUGAGCAUAUUUUCUCCUAUGCAAAUGAAUGUGGGAAUAAUAUGAACGAUUUAAAAAUUCGUAAGAACAAAUCAAAACAUAUGCCUCAAAGCUUCCUUCAUCAAAAUGAAAUAAACGAAAAAAUAAGUCAUAAUAAAAUUGAAACGUUAAUGGAAGCGAAAUAUUUAAAUGGAGAAUCUAAAUUGAAACGCAUACCCCAAAAAAAAUCCGAAGAAAAUGGAAACAUCUGGGAGGCAGAGGAAAACCCAACAUGCCGAUUAAUCAACACAGUGGAUGCAAAAGAGGAGGGGAAAAGGGACAAAAACGGGGAGAAAAAGAUAGAGAAAAAGAUGCAGAAAAAGAUGCAGAAAAGGAUGCAGAAAAGGAUGCAGAAGAAGAUGCAGAAGAAGAUGCAGAAAAGUCGAAAGAGUAUCACUAAAAAGGGCGAAGCCAUUAACAACAUGCUAAUUAAAAAAUUAAAAAAUGAAAUAUAUUCUAGUAUCUUCAAAGUGGAUGAAGAUAAUAUAUCAAAUGAAUAUGAAUAUGGAGAAUUUUACAAAGGAGAAAACUACACACUAGACAGAAGAAACCAGUAUAGUACAGCUAAACGUGAUAGGGAUCUCUUUACAAGUUCUUCUUCCUCUAAAACUGAUGCUUCACACAGUGAUAAAUGUAAUACAGCUUCCACUGCCAAGAAUUCAAAAAUGAAGGUUGUAAAUAAAAACACUCCUAAAAGUUACAGGAAAGUGGAACAUAAAGCUAAAAAAAAAAAAGUUUUGACGCAAAAUGAUAAGAAGAUACUAUUAAAUACUACAGAAAAAAGUAACAAAAAUGAAGACAAAAAUGAAGACAAAAAUGAAGGAAAACAUGAAGGCAAAAAUGAAGGCAAAAAUGAAGGAAAAAAUGAACGUAAAAAUGAAGACAAAUCGAAGAAUAAAAAUUUCACUAAAAUAAAAUUAAAAAAGGGACAUAUAAAUGGGACAGAAGAGCAAAUUUACCAUUCGAUAGAUGACGUAACUAAUGGAGAUGUUCCAAAUUAUGAAAAAUACAAAAUUAGAGAUUAUCCUAAAAAUGCAACAAAUAUGACAACACCCAAAGUGAUAAUUCAAAAAAUAGACAGAGAAAAUUCGAAAGAUUACAUUUCCAUCAAAAUUGAAAAUAAUCCCCAUGAAAUGAAUAAACGAACACUGGAAAAUGUGAAUAGGAGUGAAAAACCAAGUUAUGAAAAAAGAAAUGUAAGUAAUGAUAAAACAGGAUACCCAUAUGACAUGUCUUGGAAAUAUACAGAAAGAUGCGAGGUUAAUCAAAGUAGUAAUAACCGUUUUAGUGCCAACCAUUCUCCUAAUAAUACAAUAGAAAAAUCAGAACAAGUUCAAAAUGGGACCUCAUGUGGCUUUUCAAAAUUUGCACCAAAUUGUACACCAAAUUAUGAAACAAAUUAUACGCCAAAUUAUAAACCAAAUUAUACGCCAAAUUAUAAACCAAAUUAUACGCCAAAUUAUAAACCAAAUUGUACGCCAAACUACAAACCAAAUUGUGUACCCAAUACUGCCCCUAACACUCCACACAAUUCGGGGCCAAAAUGGGCCACUUGGCGUGCUCGUCUACUACCCCUUUUUAUCAUUAAAAAUAGUAUGAUCUAUGCAGAUAAAAAUAUUGACGAAUAUACCACUUUGACAAAUGAUAUAAACAAUAUUAUUUGCAAACUGUUCAGGACCCAAAAGAAACUCCUUAUUUUUCAUAUCUUUAUAUAUUCCAUAAAUCUCAUAAUUUUUUAUGUUCUACUACAUAUGGAUUUACUUAACAAACAAGAAAACGCUAUCAACACAAAAGGCAUAUUGUGUAUUCUUUAUAUCCUCAUUGCAGAAUUGUAUAUAUUAUUCUUAAAUAAUGCCCUUUAUUUUCUUUUUAAAAACAAUAUGAAAAAAGCCAUUUUUUCUUUAGACAAGGUAAAUUUAAUAUAUGUCAUGAGUAAAUUAUUUCCUCAUUAUUCUUCCUUUUUUAAGAGAACAUUUUCCAUGUCAGAUCAAAAGAGUUGUUCAUUUUUCAAAGAGUUAGCAAACUACCAAUGUGAUGGAAAAAAAAAAGAAACAUUCAUAGAUGCUGUAAAUUUCACUAAUACUUAUAAUGAUUACUCAAAUAAGAAAAAACCCAUUGUGCGUUUUGCAGACGAGGAAAUACUUGACGAACACAAAAAUGAUCUUUGCAAAACGGACAGUGUAGCAGUUAGAAGAAGUGAUCAUCUGCAUUCUUCAUUUUGCAUCGAAGAAGGUACCACAAUAAAAUGUGAAUCUAUAGCAUUAGAAAACUUAGCACUUAUGCAAAAUAAAAGGGGAAACUCCCCUCUUCCACUACAUUUUAAUGUGUUCUCAAAUGGCAGAAAUUUAAUCAGUCAAGAAGGGAGUGACAGAUAUUCAUUUGAACAAGCUAGGCAAAAUGAAAAAAUAAAAUACUUCAAUUCAAUGCAAACAUGUGAAAGUAAAACUACAACAAAUGAUAAAUUAAUCAAUCUUACAAUUUUCGUACUAAAUCAACAAAAAAAACAAAUUUCCAAUAAAUUUUUCUUUUUAAAAUUAAGAAAAUAUUAUAACGUGUUAAUAAUUUUGUUCGCUUCCUUUUUGAUAUACAUUACCAUCCUUUUGGAAAUUAAAGAUCCAUUCCAUUUUCAGGAAAAAACAAAUUUAUUUUUUUUUAUUUUCGUGUCUUUUGCCAUUCUCCUUCAAGCACUUAUUUCCAUAAUGCCAGAAAUUCAGAAAAUUUUUAUUCAGAAAAUGAAAAUAUUUUUAAACAAAAGGGUUAAAUUUUUGGAUUAUCAUUUAGCUACGUAUCUAGCUCUACACCAUUAG